AAAGACUCAUAAUCGGAGAGAUAUAUCUGUGAGAUCUCUGCCAUUCUUUUCAGGAGAUAAACCAGUUCUUCUCUUCUUUUCUUCUUUUGGCUUCAGCACCCUACUUCGGGCACUCAUAGCAUCCUGAUAUCAGCCAAUCGCCUUUCCUCAUUCCAUCACCACAAUUGGGUACUGCCCUUGAACGAAUCGGCAAUAGCAGCAUCUCUCCGGUAAAGAAGAGGGAAUACUUAUCGGCUUCGCAAUGACGCAACCCACAUCAAUCAACGUGACAUUCGACACUUCCCUGACCGAAGUACCCACCGCAAACCAGCAAUCACAGACCGUCCCAGCCCCCAAUAUAUCCUUCUUUACCACCGAAUCAGAUCCCUCAGACGCGGGUCUCCGUCCAUCUACCUCUCAAUUACACAGAAUGGAGCAGGAAUCCACAAACCCCAACUCCACACCCGCUUCAGGAACUCGCUCCAUGACUCCUACAACAGUGCAGCAUCUGCCUACGCAAGAGGCAUACGAUCAAUGGGCCAAUGUCUACGAUACGGACGGAAACAUGCUCCAAGCAAUUGACGACCUCGAGCUCUCCACGUUACUGCCGGAGUUCUUAAGCACAUUGACAUCGACUCGGCCGGUCGACUCCUCUACCAUCACUCUCAUCGAUCUCGGCUGCGGCACAGGCCGCAAUACCACCAAACUCCUCGCAUACAACUGGCCAGAGGUGCGUAGCGUACGAGUCACAGGCCUCGACUUCUCAAAGGGCAUGCUCGACAUUGCAGCCAAGAAAGUCCAAGGCGCUGUGGAAUCGGGCAAGAGGGAAAUCAACCUGCAGCAGUGCGAUUGCUUUCCCACCGUACGAGACAAGAAUGCCUCGCCUGUUCCUCCCGUGGAAGGACUCGCUGCUGCGGAUGCGGCCAUUAGCACUCUGGUCCUGGAGCAUGUUCCACUGCAGGAUUACUUUGCCACGCUUGCUGCUUUGGUGGUGAACGGAGGGUAUGCGCUCGUGACGAACAUGCACAGCGAGAUGGGCUCUAUAUCUCAGGCUGGAUUCGUCAAUGCGCAGGGAGUCAAAGUAAGGGGAGAGAGCUUUGCGCAUACGCCUCAGGAAACGGCGGAGGAAGCGAAGAGAGCGGGAUUUGAGGUAUUGCGGAUCAUGGAAAGAAGGAUGGAAGAAAGAGACGUUGAAAGCGGGUUGGUGGGGUAUAGGGGGAGGAAGUGGAUAGGCGUCAUGGUUUGGUAUGGGUUAGUGUUGAGGAAGGUGGAGUGAGUGAGAGAAGUAGGAGGACAAUGGGGCGAGACUUGAACGAUUAAUGACCAACCUUGAAAAGUUUUUGUUUGUUUAUGAUCAGGAUAUCUCCGCUAGUUCAA